GUGAAAAGUGGUUUGGCUGGACGAGACGGUCGGGCGUUUUUUGAGGAUUUUCCAGCGGUUACACCGGCCAAAAUGGCUCCCGGAUCGAACCAGAACAACAGUAACAACAACAACAACAGCCGGCAAACGGGGACGAAGCCGAAGACGAAAUCGUCCAAGAAAAACUCGGUCCCGCAGGAAAAGGUCGCCCCCACGAGACGGGAUCUCCAGCAUCAAUUGAACGUUCUCGUCGAUUGGGCUACCGUUUCCUCGGUGACGCAGAACAACCCGCAGCAACCGCAGCAACCGCAGCAGCCACAGCAGCAGCAACACUUUAACGGAUCUAAUCUACCUUCGACAAGUGGCCAUCAGUACCAGGGGCAGAACAUACUGCUGAAACCUCGCAAUAAUCGGACACCGGGCGAGGGCACCUGUUACGAAAUCGACAAUCUCUCGUUGCAAGAUAACAGUCGGUACAUACCGGUGCGACCGAUCGUGAGAAGAAACCUACUGAACGAAGGCAGUGGUGGCGAACAGAACGAACCGCACAAUACCGCGGUAGGGGUAGUGAUUCCGACAACACCGAACUCAUCGAUUCAGCAAACGUUUCGCCUAAAUGACGGUACGAACGGUGCAAGCGGUUCAGCACAUAACAUUAAUAAUCUACUGCACGGUACCGCUGUGAACCACCACCAUCUGUUGCAAGGUUUCGCCUCGACCACCGGAGCUGGAGCUUCAGCAUUAGGAGCAGCAUCAGCAGGACCGAGUACCAGUGCCAGCAGCAGUGCUACCGGUGUAAUUCCAAAGCAACAACCACCUCAAGUGCAACUCAAUCCGUUGCUCUUGCUUCAACAUCAGGCGCAAUCUCGAUCGACUUCGUCACCUCUUAGCUAUCGCGUGCCGGAUGGUGCAUCACAGAAUCAGCUAAAUUUGAACAAAAAUUCUAAUCAUCAUCAGCAACAAUUGCAGCACCAGCAGCAACAGAAUCCUAAUCAUCAUUUACAUUCGGUUGCCAUUCCUUCAACCUCGUCCGGUAGUCGUGGCGGAGCGGCGGCGGCCACUGCUGUUGCACUACCUUUCGGUGCCGGUACGGUAGAAGAUACUCUGAAUCAAAUUCAAGAGUACAUCAAGCUCACAACACACUUGAUCUCAUCGGUGCAGCUGGAUAACCUCAACGGUGGACCUAGACCACAGUCGGUGCAAAGUAUUAGCACGAAUCAAUCGACCACACCGGUGCCUCCAUCGACAUCGUGCGACGAACUGCGGUAUCGUGUCGAGGCACAAUCGAAAAACAUGCAAGCACUGAAGGAACAGCAGGCGCAUCUGCUGCGUCUGCAGCAGGCCGCACGGCAGCAGCUGCAGGAGAUGGAAACGAUGCGCCAGAUGCAUACCGCAUCUGUUGCUCCACCGGUGGAAUCAUUCGAAACGGUCGAACAGGUACAGGACGGUAUCGGCAGUAUCAUGGAGCGGAUGCGCGUCCUGUCGACCUUCAUUCACAACCAGCAGGAGCUAAGCAACAUGCUCGGUACGGACAAUGAUGAUGUACUUGCCGAUCAGGUCGCGCUGCAGCAAAAGUUCCAGGAACUGCGUGAUAAGAAAAGCCAGAUGCAUUCGCUCGUGUCUGAGCUGCAAUCGCUGAAUAUGGAUGCAAGUAGACAGUUUGAGGGUUCGAGCGAUCAGGCUGGUGGCGAGGUACGCAAUGUACCGAUUGAGCUAACGCAUGCUCCGGCUACGGCCGCCGAGGCAAGGAAUGCAACGAAAACGUUUCUCAGCGGUGGUGGUGAAGGGUUGACGACGGCACCAGCGGUUACGGCAAUGACGACGAAGGGUGCAUCAGGAACCGUUGGCAGUAUGGUGAGCAAUGGUGGCCCCGUUUGCGGUCCGUUUGAAGCCGACGAAGAGGAAGAUGAGGAGGGUCCAUUGAAUGAGGAAGAAUCGGCCGUACUCGACGGAACGGCGGAUAUGUUGAGUGAAAAGAUCAACGAGAUCAACGCCAUGAAGUCCCAGCUGCGUCGUCUGAAGGAAAUGAUGGAUACGGUGAAGCUGAUCGAGAUGAAGACGGGCCAUGCGGAGUUGAUCGACGAGGAAGAUGAAGACGAAGAAGAGGACGCACCCGAGGAAGAUGAGGAGGGAGCAGAAGAUGAAGAUGAGGCGGAAGCGGGACAAGCGCUAGCAGCAGCCGUAGCAUCACUGCAGCAGGAGCAACAACGUCGUAGCCGCUCCCGGUCGGUUAGCUCCGCACCGAUUGCGGCGUUUGCGAAUUCUCCUCCACUGAUGCGACCGGAAGAGGAGAGCGAAAUGAGUAAUCAGGAGCGUGAGCAGCUAAACAAGCGCGUCGAAGCACUGCAAGCGAUGACACAAGAUCUUCGCGAGCAGGCCAAAUCGAUCGCGGCCGAGCGGGAUCGCUUAAAGCACGCCCAGAAUGAUCUACAGAAGCGGCGCAACAACGUGACAAAUCUGCAGCAACAGGCCGCAAGCGAAAAACUUACCAACCAUGUGGCAUCGUUCAGUUCGCUGUUACAAACAGGAGGAACAGCGAGUAGUGGUCCGUCUCGCCAGCAGUCGUCCGGUCCGGGUCUACCGGGUCCCGGUCCGAAAGAACGUCGUCAGAUGGAGCUAAAGGCCGAGCUGGAGCAGAAGCGCCGUGAGCUGGAACGCAUUGAAAACAUGACACAGAACAUUAAGAAGAACGCCGAAUGCUUGUCCCGUUCGGGACAACCAGCAGAAGGAACAGGAGAAGCAGCUUCGAUGGUGGUCUCUUCAUCGGAUUUGGCCACGAACGGUCUGUCUGGGGUUACGGUGGAUCCUUCCAACUCGAGCGUAAAAGCAGAAGGUCCACCAUCGAUCGUUUCAUCCUCGGUCGAGUCUUGCAGUGGUUCGCACCAUCGCGGUACACCUUCGGUACCGAGCAUACCGCCACCACCGGCCCCAUCCGCGAUCAGUGGUUCGUUGCAGAACAACACCGCUGGCAGUAAUGCGACGAAUGAUUCGAAAACGAAUUCAGCUGAUUCCGGAGUUACGUCGGAUAUUUUUGCCCAUGCACAGCUGGAAUCGGCAGCCAGUUAUCAGUCGAGUAGCACACGUAGCUUUCCACCACCGAUGCCGGAUAUUUGCAAUCGUAAUGCGGGCACGGAUCGUUACCGGCAGGCGAAAAGGGCCGCUGAUGGUGUGGACGGUGAUGGAGCCGGUAGUGCCAGUGGUGGUGGUGGUGGUGGUGGUGGUGGUGGUGUGCUGGAUGCUGGUGGUAUCAACGGAGCAGCUGGUGGCCCAACAUCAGCUCGAGAGGCGGUAAUGCGUGAUUCACGUACCUCACCAUGGCCAGUGUUUGGUAAUGGGAUCGGGGCGGGUAUGUCGAGCUCUAAUACGGGCCCUCACAGUCCUCACUACGGCCACCAUCAUCAUCAUCAUCCGUAUGGAGCGUUGCAUGAUCUACCGUCGCUGCACGGUGUUGGUGCCGGAGGGUACGGCGCUGGAGCAUAUGGAAGCAGCUGGAGCACGGGCGGUGGUCCGUUCGGAACGUCGAAUCUGUUACCGCCACUGGCGACCACUCCUAAUACACCGCCCGAUCCGAUCGUGUUCCAGCACAUUAUGCAAACGCAGCAGAUGCUCAUGAACUCGAUCACGCAGUGCAACCAGUUGCUAUGGAUACAGCAGCGUGAAAUCCACAACCUCAACAAUGCAGUAUUGAUGCUUCAGGAACGAAUUCUCGGCACUAACAACAGUUUGUUGCUGCAAGAACCACACGCACCAACGGUGGCUGCUGCAGCGGCACUUAUUCGAGCCGAAUCGACACCACCUACCGGGUCGAUGAAUGCAUCGGCCACCGCUACCAACGCCGGUGGUAGUCUGUUUGCCAGGGCACGGUCCGAGCAACCGACUAGCAUAGCUCAACAACACCAACACCACCUUCAGCAACAGCAACAAUCCUCUUCCUCUCCCUUCCAUCAUCCCCAUGCGCCGUACCAACCGGCGUCGGUCACAGGCGGUGUGUUGCCACAGCAGCACAUGUCCCACCAACCGGGACCCUCCUUUACAUCGCAACCAUACAGUCCGCUAGCGAUGCCUCAUACUCAUUCGAUGCUAUCUCCGCAACACUGCUCGGUUACCCAGCAGCAGCAGCAGCAGCAGCAGGCUGCCGGUAACCAACGUAACAAUACUAACAGCUCCCAGAUCGGUCACCUACCACCGAGCGGUAUGGCCGGCCGUUACCACCGUUCGACGAGCACCGCUCGUCCACCGCUCAACAUUAACACGCUUAACAAUGCUCUGUAUGACGAGCAGCCUCCACCACCGGGCAAUGAUAACAGCGCCGAGUACGACCUAACCAACGCCGCACCGCAUAUGAUUAACAAUCUGUCCACGACGAUGCCAGCGCACAAUCCCUCUCAAUCGUCACCGGGCACAUCGUUGCGCUUCGGAAAUUACUUGAACAAUCUCAACAACAGCGUCACGAACAAUCUUACCAACGUUAGCAGCAACGCAGCGGCAUCAGCCAUACAGCAGAACAAUUUGAAUCCAUACAAUCAGCAGCAGCAGCAGCAACAUGGACCAGAUGGAUCAACCACAUCGGUACAGCAGCAGCAACAAACUCAAGCUCUCAACAAUCAGGUUCUGCCGGGAGUGAGGGCCAAUAAUUAUUGGGAUAACUUCCGAAGCUACUCAAGACAAAAUCUUCUGUCGAGCAAUAGUUGCAAAAGCAAUGAGGAAUCCUGUGCUUACGCUGGUAGUGGUGGUGGUGGUGGCGGCGGAAAUGGCGGUACUAGCGGCAGUGCCAGUGGUGGACAGCCUGUCGCCGGAGUUGGUGGUAGUGGUAGUAUAGGCGUUAGUGUCGCUACCGGAAGUGGCUCCGGUAGCAGCGGAUGCAACACGAUUAAUAACCAACUCCAACGGAACAACAGCAAUGCGGCGAAUCAGUUCAUGAAUAACCAGAGCAACAAGUAUCAGACGAUCAACAUAACGCGCAACAAUUCGCUCAGCAAUGCCAAUCAGGACAUUGGAGUUGGCACACAGCAGAUGAUGGGAUAUCAUCCUCAUCAUCAUCAACAACAGCAGCAGCAGGAACAAGAGCGAGAUCCUGCGUUCGAUGGUUCGAUGGAACCACCAUCCACGAUGCAUCAUCAUCACGCUCAUCACCAUCAGCUACAACAUGGUGGUAGUAGUGUUCCUGAGCAACAGCAGGCUUAUCUCACACAUCAUUCACAACAGCAGCAGCAGCAGCAGCAGCAACCACAACAACAGCAUCGCCAGCAGCCAAUGCCUAGUUCAAUGCAACAACCGUUCAAUCAGCACCUCCCAAAUCAGCAUCACCCAUUGCAACCUCCGAUACAGCGGCAUCAACAACAGGAUCAUGAGCAGCAGCAGCAGCAGCAGCAACAGCAGAUCCAACCCGUUCAAUCUCACCAUACGGCUGCACUGAAUCAAUCUCAAUCGUUCGAUCUCGGUGAACUGCAGUUUCACACCAAUCCCAUCAAUCUGGGACUCGCCAACAAGAUGCAACCGAAGGCGAGUGGCCAUAAGAAGUAUCCGCUGUCGCUGCGUUCCUGCCGUGAUGCCAGCGUUGGAGGUGAAAGCAGCGGUGGAUGCUAUGUGUCCGGUGGUGGUGAUAUGAACCUGGCUACCGCCUGCACCUAUCAGCACGAUUCCAAAUCGACUUCGAAGUUGUUUGAAGCGCUGAAAGAGAACGUGUAUCAGGAAGUGAAGAACCUUAUAACGGCCAACGAAUCGCGACCGCACUUUCUCAUACAGCUGUUCCGUGAGCUUCAGCUUAUCUCGUCUGAUCCGCUGCGACAGCGAACGUUACAAUCGAUACAGGAGCUGUACAAUCGGUACAUCGAAUCGACGCUACAAGAGGAAAACCAUGUGAACAAUGUAGGCAGCAAUAAUCUGCUCGCCUCCAGCAGUGUGCCCGCCGAUGACGGAGACAUUCCCUUGCCCACAACCAGUGCGGAUACCAGCGGUGCUAGUGUUGUCAGGCGUGCUAAUGAAUCUCAUCCCGUGGAAGGGCCACUUGUAGUCGAUUCGUCAUCGGUGGUUGAGCUAGAAGUGGUUCAAAACUAUACCAAUCUACGCCAGCAGCAACAACAGCAACAGCAGCAGCAGCAGCAGCAGCAGCAACAGCAACAGCAGUACCAUUAUGUGGCCAACUUGCCAGAUAGUGCGGCUUCUGUCUCACAAACCUCCGGAGAAGUGUCGUCCCUUGAUGCUAAACCAUCGAUUACUGUGAAUACCAGCUCAUCGGCUAACGGUCGCCAGGAGCAACCGUUGAGUACACUCGCCAUCGCAUCGCAGCAAACACCGUUGAGCGUUUCCAACUCGGAAAUCAUCAACAUCAUCAUGGGAGACAUUGUAGCGGUGAUCAAUUCCGUGGACUAUAUCAACGAUUCGGUUCUGUUUAAAAUUGCCGGGGUGAUUUGUAAUCACGCUGCCAGCGGUGGCCAUCACCAGGGUGGCGGUAGCAAUCUAGUGGAGUUCGUCGAGGGAACGUCCGCAGGCUCCGCUCUGCAGCAGCACCACCAUCAUCAUCACCAUCAACAUCACUACCACCAUCAUGUUCCCAUGGCGACCAAUAGCGUAUCGCGACAAGCGGUUUCUUCAUCGAGCGUCGCUGCCGCCAGCUCGCUGCUAACGGCCGCCUCGUUCCUAUCCGCCGCUCCUCAAAGUGAGUCAGAUCCAUCGGCGGCGCAUAGCGGUCAGCAGCCCCAGCAGCAGCACAGUGGAGAUGCCUUCAAUCGAGAGGAUUUCCUACGGCACCUGGAGAGCUGGAACCGAACGGAUAAGGAUGAGUUCAUUUCAAAUCUGGAAAAUUUUCUCAACAACAUUCUGCUCCGAUCGUCUUCAGCGGUGAUCGUCGGUGAUUGUGGUGGCUCAGGAGUAGUGUGUGAAGAGGAGGAAGAGGUAGAGGAAGAUGCUCACGAGGCUGCUGGAUUGCCGAUACGGGCUGCUGGGCACGCCUCUGGUGAUGGCUCUGCAGGUCCUGAAUAUGAAGGUGCAUUCGCUGCUGGCCUGCAGCCAGAAGACGAUAGUGCUGAUCAGGCCAUGGUCAAUGGAAAUACCGAAUCAUCAUCCCCGGUAGCGACGGCAUCGGUUGCGGUCGUUAGUUCGAGUACGGUGAACAGUUACGCUUCAACCACGUACGAUUUGGCCGAAGCGGAUCAGGUGUGUGAUCUGAGUGCCGGCGGAGUAGCUGCUGAACCAGCACCGAUGACCAUCGCACCGGCACCGGUCGAAUCGAGUUCCUCCACUUUUGACGAUCGUUGGACGGUAACAGUACAACGAAAGAAAUCGAUUGAUCGAUCAAAGGAAGAUGAAGCUAGUGCAUCAGUAGGCGCUAGUACCUGUUCAUCCUCCGUUGCUGGUGGCGAUUCUAGACAACGGAUUAGUGGAAUGAUGAUGCAUCAACCACAACAUCAUCAUCAGCAGCAACAACAGCAACAGCAUUUACAUCACCAGCAAGGCAGUGUCGGUACGAGCGAGCUGACCAAUGGCGGAGGAAAUAAUGGAAACAACGUGAAUAACAACUGGCAAUCGGAAGAGGUGGCCGAUGAGAGCAUGGAACAGUCGGAGGAACAACUUCCUUCGUACUACUGAGGAAGACACACCGGUGAUUCGUAAUGGAUAGUUUGUUGCCAUCCUCGGGAUCCUGCGACAAGGCGCUGCAUACUUUAACACACAGGACACAACUUGACGAGCACAUUAGCGAUACCAGCAAACGGCACGGCAAGUGUCGGCAUUUGUAGGGCAAUUUAAUAAACUCAUUCAAUACGUAAUCCACUACAUGUUUAACGGAAGCACUCCAGAACUGAGAAGAGAUCGUUGAGGCAGCAUCUAAAAUAUAUAGAUACAUUUGUAUGUAUGCAUAGUGAUCCUAUUCGACCAAACACG